GUCGAGGGAAACGUGUGUUUAUCUGCCGGCAGGUUCAAAGUUCGACAAGCAUUUAUUACUGAAAAACCAUCACUACCAUUUUCCGAGGAGUCAACAGAUUACGAAGGAACUUUCGAACAAAGGUGACGAGAAGACACGUGCGAAGAAGGAAAACAACGUGGAGUCCAUUCGAAUUGAAUUGAAUUCCGCGCCAACCGUCGUCUCCCGGGUAAUCGAGCGUCACGUGACCCGAAAUUAACCGAAGCGAACACGAAGACACCGAGGUUAUAAAUAGCGGCCACCAGGGAGCGGGCAGUCUCUUUUACUUUCCAUAGUGGAUCACAGUGCAUUUGCUCCGCGCUUGGCCGACUAUUAAGUUCCGUGGUGUGAUUGUGUUAGGGUUCGCUCGUGCGAGGCUAAAGUAGGGUGUAGAGGUCGGAGCGAAUUUCCUCUUCUUCAAAAACUGUUAACGACACCGAGGGUGAGGUAGCCGUGAACGGUACCGCAACACGUGGCCAAAGAGUUCGAAUCGCGGACGAAAUUGACGAGAAUCCCUCAACGACGAGCGCGAAAAGAAGGAAAAUGCCGGAGACUGCUCACCACAUGAACGGAUACGCGAACGGGCACACGCCGCCCGAGCUGCAACAGGAUACCAGUUUUCUCUUCACUUCGGAGUCCGUUGGCGAAGGACAUCCAGAUAAAAUGUGUGAUCAAAUAAGUGACGCAAUUUUGGACGCACACUUGCAGCAGGACCCUGAUGCAAAAGUGGCUUGUGAGACAGUGACAAAGACAGGGAUGGUAUUAUUGUGUGGUGAAAUCACAUCGAAAGCUGUGGUAGACUAUCAGAAAAUUGUUCGAGACACAGUUAAACACAUUGGAUAUGACGAUUCGUCGAAAGGUUUUGACUACAAGCUCUGCAGUGUACUAUUGGCGCUUGAUGCCCAGUCACCAAAUAUUGCAGCAGGAGUUCAUGAAAACCGUAGUGAUGAAGAAGUGGGAGCGGGAGAUCAGGGUCUGAUGUUUGGAUAUGCAACAGAUGAAACCGAUGAAUGUAUGCCAUUAACUGUUGUGUUGGCACACAAGUUAAAUCAAAAAAUUGCCAAGCUAAGGCGAAGUGGUGAAUUAUGGUGGGCGAGACCGGAUUCAAAAACACAAGUCACUUGCGAAUACGUAAUGGAUCAUGGUGCCUGUGUACCUAUCAGAGUUCAUACAGUAGUCGUAUCGUUACAACACAGUGAAAAAAUUGGUUUAGAAGAAUUACGGAAGGCAGUUAUGGAGAAGGUUAUCAAAGAAGUAAUUCCAGCAAGGUACCUUGAUGACCGAACAAUCUUCCAUGUUAAUCCAUGUGGAUUAUUUAUUAUCGGUGGACCACAGAGUGAUGCUGGUCUUACUGGUCGUAAAAUAAUAGUCGACACUUACGGCGGUUGGGGAGCUCACGGUGGUGGUGCGUUUUCUGGUAAAGAUUUCACAAAGGUUGAUAGAUCUGCCGCUUAUGCAGCAAGAUGGGUUGCCAAAUCUUUAGUGAAAGCUGGUCUAUGCAGACGCUGCCUCGUACAGGUCUCUUACGCCAUCGGUGUAGCGGAACCUCUCUCAAUCACAGUAUUUGACUAUGGUACAUCCAAAUUAUCUCAAAACGAACUCUUAAAUAUAGUUAAUAAAAAUUUCGACUUACGACCCGGAAAAAUUGUGAAAGAAUUGAAUCUUCGUAAUCCUAUUUAUCAACAAACCAGUACGUAUGGUCACUUUGGUCGGGAAGGAUUUACUUGGGAACAGCCAAAAACUUUAAUUCUCGAUUGAUGAGAGUGUAAAGUUUAAAUAGGUUUGACGUUUUUUUAUCUCGAAAACGUCGAUCAACUCGCUCUCAAAUAAUCUUAUAUCUCGUAAACGUUUGUCCGAGAUUUUCCAACUUCCGCGCUACAUUCGCCAAGUCUAUCGAUUCCUUUUGCCAACUUAGUACAUACUAGCAGGAAUAACAACACUAGAUUUUUUCCACAACAUGAGAUAUUUGGUAUUACGUGGUAUAUAGUACAAAUUUUGUUGUCCCAGUUGCGCUGACGAAGACACAGUCAUUUAUUUCCUUCAUAAUUUGGAAAAUGAAUAAAUAGCUCUAUCGAUCAUUAGGUGUAAAUGAAAACUCGACAAAGGGAAAGGUGAAUAAUGAACCUGUUAUUUGUGAGUCUGUUGCCUAUGUGCGUUUGUUAAUCACGUACCAUAUUUUAUUUGCCAAUAGCACGACUCAUUACUAUGGCUUGUAAGUGAUGUGUGUUGGAAGUAGAAAUGAUAAAAGGAACAACAAUAUCAUGGACGAGACAAUGUUCCGUUAUUGAAAAAAAAAAAA